CUUUGCGUCGUUGACCACCUUUCUUGGACUGGUACUCUCUCGUGGACUCAAGAGCGCUCGUUUUCUCAUUUUCACCCUGCUUACUUUCAACGCCCCUCUUGAUACUCGAUAUCCUACUGUCUUUACUAGACUUUGGACACAAGGCGGACGAACCGAAGCCAGAAGCCGACGAGCCGUUCACGAGGCACCCCAAACGAAGUCAUGGACUCCGACAAGAAUCAUCCAAAACCCCAACUACCUCGCCAGCCUUCUUACAUCCAAUUCACCCCCAAACGCGCCAUGGCUUCGUUUGAGAAUCUUGUUGCACUCGCCAAUCACCAGGAGCGGCUCCGCGAGGCGCGCAAGAUCGUGUGGAGGAAUAGAGGAGAGCCUGCCGCAGAGCUUGAUUCAGUGUGGGAAUGUAUAGAGCAUGCUGGACGGGGUGGGAUGAGGGCGGGCGCAAUUGCAUUCGCCCUUCGCGCAUCUGUAAACAUGGUACUGGCUUUGUUCAGGCUGGGGAAGGUCCCCAAGCAAUUGCGCUCAACCCUGAUCCUUCGUGCGAUCUUUGGGCAGGACUCGUUCCGCUUCGCCGCCAUGAUGGGCUCCUUCGUAUCGAUCUACAAAGCCCUCCUCAACGCUCUCCCUAUCCUUUUCCCCGUAUCCGACCUUAAGAAUGGCAACAACCAUGCACACGCCUCACCAUUCGAUGACGAGGACGAUGAAGAGGACGAGAGCGACUUCGCCGACUUCCAAGCCAACACCUCUCCCACCGACCAGAACCGACCCGUCCCGCGCGUCAUGAUGGCCCAGCGGCAUGCGCGACUCUCGUCCGCGGCACAGGCACAUCAGGAGUGGGUGAGGAAGAAGACGAGACGAUGGCACUCAGUCUUGGCGGGCGCUGUUGCGGGUGGGCUGGCGGUGAUGUUUGAGAAGCGAUCGAGGAGGAUUACGAUUGCUCAGCAGCUAUUUGUCCGUGGACUCCAGGGUUCGUAUAACGCGUAUACCUCAAAGUGGGGCUGGCAUAUACCCAACGGGGAGGCCAUUGUUUUCAUUCUUUGCUGUGGUCAGAUCGUAUAUUCUCUCUUUUGUCAUCCAGAAACGUUACCCCGUUCCUACAACAACUGGCUGAGGACAGCCGCCGGUGCACCCCCAGAAGCAUUCGAAAUGAUUCGGGAUUUAACGCGCGAAGGACGUUUCGAUGUUGCAGACCUCGACAGAGUUAUUGCCCGAGGGGACGCGACCCCCUCCAACUUCACACAAAUGCUCAGCCGGCGCUCCAAGGCACUCGCGGACCCGCCCGACUUCGGACCUCCGUACCCGCCAUGCGGCGCAGUGCACCCUUGGGUGCAGUCAUGCAUGGCGGUGCCUAUCCCUCGGUUCGUGGCCGUAUUCCGCUGGGCGUUCUCCAUCUACGGCGUGCUACACUUCAUCCCGAUGCUCCUCUUCAAGCGGCGUGCUGUCAUGGAUGCACCGCGGCACAUGAUGGGCCGCGCGCUGUGGGGCACGAUGCGGAGCUCGGCGUUUAUGGCGUCGUUUGUGGCGAUAUUCCAGGGCUGGUUCUGCUUCAAGAAUUGGUUGCAUGCCAUCCUUUCUGCGUCGCCUGCAUGCCCGCCUUGGCUUGCGAACGCAUUCGGGUCGCGGCUGAGCUACGGAUUUGGUGGGCUCUUUGGUGCGCUGAGCUUGUUCAUUGAGGAGAAGCGGCGGCGCGGCGAGCUGGCGAUGUAUGUUGUGCCCAAGGCGCUUGAGAGCGCGUGGCUCACGGCCCGCGGAAAAGGGUGGGUGUUCAGGACGGGGCAGGGGGGCGAGAUGGCUUUGACCGCGUUUGGGAUGGGAAUGGUUAUGAGUAUAUAUCAGAACGACCCACAGCAUCUAUCUGGGCUCGUGCGGAGAAUCUUGUACCAGUUCAUCGGGCCAAACUAAGAUUCUUUUACGACCGUGAUUGGUGGUGGCCAAUCGACGAUGUCUUGGUUGGGAGAUACCAUCGUGUGCUAUCCAUGGAGUCACGUUAUAUGUACGACAGUAAGGAUGGUAAUACUCAUAUUGCAGUAAUGGCGUUGAAGUACUUA